AGUGAUAUAAAUUAGGGAAACGAAUUAUAUUUUUGAAGUUUAUAGAGUUGAAAAAUAUUGAUUAUGGUAUUAUCUGGAAAUACAACAGAUAGUAUGGGGAAUUUAGAGAUAUCAUCAAAUUCAAAUUUAGAGACAAAUUCAGAAAAUUCAGCGCUUAUUGUUAUAUCUAAAGACUGGUCACUCCCACCUCGAAUAAAACCAGGAAGAAAGCCAUCAGAAGAACCACCAUUAACGAAAAGAAAAGCACAAAAUAGAGAAGCGCAGCGUGCAUUUCGUGAAAGACGUGCUAUUCGAGUUUUAGAACUUGAAACUACGAUUAAACAGCAACGUGAUCAUAUGGAAAAAUUGAAACAAGAAUAUUUGGGAAAAAUACAAUUUAUAGUGUUAGAAAAUGAAAAAUUAAAGAGAAAAAACAAGCAACUUGAGGAACAAAUUAUAUAUUUAAAAUCCAACUUUGAAAAAGCUAAAAGUUACCUUGACUUUAAUACAGAUGUCUUUUUUCCUUUUUCCAAAGAAGACCAUUCAAAUACAGCAUCUAUUUGUGAUUAUUCUAAUUUAAUUAUUGGAGAAUCUGUACCAUUAAAGAAAAAAAAUACAUCUAGAAAAACAAAAGAUAUGGAGCUUGAUGAUGUUUUGUUUCAUAAAAAGGUUGUGAAAGAGUCAGGUUUUACUCAUAAUGUAGAAUCUAAAGAUUUGUAUAAUGAUUUGGGUUUAUUGGUGCAUCAAAAGAAUUCAGAAACUAAUUAUAGAGAUCAAAUAAAUACAGAUUCAUCUUUAAGUUCAUUAUUUGUCCCUAAAAAUGAUAGCACAAUGGAGGAAAAUGAUUGUGGAUUCUGUAUUGGUAAUCCUGAUCUAUGUUUAUGUCUUCAAUCGCAAAAUUUAAACAACGAGAUGACAAAUACCACUGAAGUAGAUAAAUAUAUUCUUCCUCCUAUUUUAAUAGACAAUAAUGAUGAAAAAAUGGCGGAGAAAAUACAAAAAGAUGUAGAAAAAACAGAAAAACUCAAGAUACUUGAACCAUCUAGUUAUACAAUUAAAAACGAAUAUGAACCUGGCUCAUGUGCCCAAUGCAAAGCGGAUUCGUUGAGCAUGCUUUUUUGUAAAACGUUUGCAUCAAGGAUAAAUUAUAAUAGAGUUUCUUUCAAGUCUUAUAAGGAUGAAGAAAAAUAUAAUUGUAAUACUAAUACUCUUACUAAUAAUAGUUUAAAUAAUAAUAACUUUUUAUCGUGUUCAGCAGCAUAUAAAACACUUAGUCAACAUGAGAAAUUUGUUAAAGAGAAUUUUCGAAUUAUAGUUGAUAAUUUGGCUCCUGGAUCUUGUGGAAUGCAGAUUCAAGCAAAUAGAGUUCAGGAAACAUUACGUUUGUUGGAUCAAUAGUUUGAAAGA